AUAAAAGGAGAUUACAUAUUUCCAAUACCUUAUUAGAAAAUGAAAAAAAUGCAUAAGAAGGUUACUAUUUGGCUUUUUUCAAUACUUCAUCACAAUGCAUAUUCGAUUCCCUUUUCAUCCCAUUUUAUUCAUCAACAAUACAUGUCAUAGAAUUGGUUAUAAAUUUGACCAUAAGAAAAACCUAAUACAAGUAUACAACCAUAAGAAUGACCUACAAAUAGAUUCAACCUACUUAAUCAACCUCUCUAGAAUUAAAAUACUUGAAUCCAAAAGGACUUCAAACAAAAAUAAAUUUUAAUUACCACCAUUUUAUAACAAUGAUCAAAUAUCCCUUUUAUUUUCUAAAAAUUUUUUUAAAAAUUACAUUUUAAAAAUCAUAAUAUUAAAUAGAUUUAUUAUUAUCCUAUUAAAGUGUUUUAUGUUAAAAUUAACAUGAGCAUGUUUCUAAAAUCAAUUCAUAUUAUUAUAUACAAUCGGCUCUUUUUUCCGAAUUUUACGCUUAGCAACUCCUAUGUUCGAAGCAAGAUGUUUCCUAAUUAGACCACGAAUUACAAAUGUCUACAAUAGCUCUAUUGCAAUUUCAUGAGGCAAUCCACAUCGAUGUAAUGAAAGUGAAGGGCCUAUGACAAUGACGGAACGACUGGAAUAAUCGACCCGUUUACCAAGUAAAAUCUCACGAAAUCUUUCUUCUUUACCCUCAAUUAUAUCUGAAAAUGACUUGUAAACUUUAUUAUGACCAUCUCUCAUUGGUUGUUCAAAAUUUCCCGUUUUAAACUAUUUACAUAAAUUUCCCGCUAAAAGUUACUCACCAAUCUCCAUAAAUAUAUUUUAAUUAAGAUAGACAAUAAUAACAAAAAUAAUCCCUAAAUUCUCUCUAAAUUGUUCAAAAUUUUAAGGAGAAAAUCAAUUUGGUUCCCACCAAAUCAAACACUUUUCAUUUUUAGUAAUCCUAUUAUUAGCAAAUCACCCUAUAAUGUCUGUAAACUACAAGCUGAAUAUUCUCAGAAAUGCGUCAACAAACAAAAAAUUAUGACACUAAUUACAUUAUUCAAUAACCUUAAUCAAAAUCAACCAAAAUUCAAAUUUCUCCCUCUACCCAAAAAAAAUAAAAUUAAAUAAAAAACAUAGAAUUUUCCAUUUGAUUUAUUUUUUUGAUCAAAGUAUAAAUGUCUGCUGUGAGAUUUCUUCUUCUCCUUCUUUGUCUUUCAUUAUCACCUCCGGGUUUGCAAUCCAUAACCGAGGCAGAAGCUUUAAUGGCAUUCAAGAAUUCAUUGUCGAAUUCGGAAUCAUUGGAUACAUGGAAACCUGAAACAGAUCACUGUAAAUGGGAAGGUGUAUUUUGUGAUAAAGGAAAAUCUGAAAUUCGUCGAUUACAUUUAACGAAAAUGAAUCUUUCAGGAAAAAUAGAUGUGAAAUCCUUGAUUGAGAUUAAACAUUUGAUAAGUCUUAGUCUAUCCAACAAUUCAUUUGAAGGUCCUUUACCCCCUUUUAAUUUGUUGAAAGAUUUGAAGGCACUUUAUCUUAGUUCUAACAAAUUUUCAGGGGAAAUUCCUGGGGAUUAUUUUAUGGGUACUACUUUAAGGAGAAUUUGGUUGUCUGAUAAUGAAUUUUCUGGUAAUGUUCCUGAAUCUUUAGGGAAAUUGGUAGGGUUAAGUGCAGUUCAUUUGGAAAGGAACAAAUUUACUGGUCGAAUACCUGAAAUUUCGCAACCAUCUUUAACUGAGUUUGAUGUUUCGGGAAAUGAAUUGGAAGGCGAAAUCCCUGUGAGUAUGGAGAGGUUUGGGGUGGGUUCGUUUAAAGACAAUUCGGGUGUUUGUGGCAAAUUUGUUGGAACAAAAUGUGCUGAUACAAGAAAAAAAGGUGGUAAUGUGAAGGUAACGAUUGGGAUAAUGGUUGGAAUUGUAGUUGUAAUGGCAUCGUUUGUUGUUCUAUCGGCUGUAAUGAAGUCGAAGGAUGAUGAGAAUGAAGAGUUUAAUGCGAUCAAUAAGGAGCCGACAGAAGAUGUUGUGGAGGUACGUGUGCAAGGGAGCUCUAGGAGCAAUCGUAGCAGUAGUGGUGGUGGUGCUGGUGGAGGUAGUACUGCUGGUGGUAGCUCGAGGAAAUCGACUGAUGCAUCGCACAAAAAGGGUGGGGAACAAGGGAGUCGAAAAGGGUCUCAGCAAGGGAAAAAUGCAGGGAUGGGUGAUCUUACUGUGAUCAAUAAUGAAAAGGGUGUGUUUGGUUUGGCAGAUUUGAUGAAGGCUUCAGCUGAAGUGCUAGGGAACGGUGCGCUUGGAUCGGCCUAUAAGGCUGUCAUGUCUAAUGGGGUGUCUGUUGUAGUUAAGAGAAUUAGGGAUAUGAAUCAGUUAGGGAAGGAUGAGUUUGAUGCUGAGAUUAGGAAGAUUGGUAAAUUUCGACAUAAGAAUAUCUUGACACCUUUAGCUUAUCAUUAUCGAAAAGAGGAGAAGCUUGUGGUUUCCGAGUAUGUUCCCAAGGGCAGCUUGUUGUAUAUCUUACAUGGGGAUCGAGGGCUAAGUCACGCAGAGCUCAACUGGCCUACUCGACUUAAAAUUAUAAAAGGCAUUGCGAGUGGGAUGAAAUACCUAUAUGCAGAGCUCUCUGACUAUGACCUUCCACACGGGAACCUAAAAGCGAGCAACAUUUUUCUGAGCAGCAACUAUGAACCUCUCUUAGCUGAUUACGGAUUCUUCAAAAUGGUUGCACCUACACAAGCAGCACAUGGAAUGUUUGCUUAUAGAGCACCUGAAUCAGUUCAUACCCUGCAAGUGUCUUCGAAAGGAGACAUAUAUUGCCUAGGAAUUGUCAUCCUAGAAUUACUUACCGGGAAGUUCCCUUCUCAGUAUCUGAAUGCAGGAAAGGGAGGCACCAAUGUGAUUCAAUGGGUUCGAUCAGCCAUUGAGGACAAGAAAGAGUCAGAGUUCUUAGACCCGGACAUAGCAUCCUCAACAAAUUCAGUCAAGGCAAUGGUAGAACUCCUGCGUUUAGGGUCUAGUUGUACCGAGACUGACCCCAGCAAACGGCCUACCAUGGAGGACGUGACCAACAAGAUAGAGGAAAUGCAGGCGUAGAGGACAAUCCCAUGACUUGCUUAACGAGUUUUUGUUUUUUGGUUUUGGGUCUAUAGAAUUUGUUUGCAACUGACAGCUACAACAUUUCAUGAUCAGUUCCUCAUACUUCUUUACUAGGUUUUUGGGUACUUUUUAAGUUAGGAAAGAAAAUUGUGGCAAUAUAGAACAAUGUAAGUUUGUUCGUAUAAUUGUAUUUUUGUAGGAAACAAA